AUCGGAACUUCGCAGGGCACUGCAAUUGUUUUUCAUUGCGCAGACUCCCUACAAGGUCACAGUGUGGCUGAACAAAAUCUCAGCAGUCCUGCUGUACCUUCGUAUCUUUAUAUCGCGCGGCUUCCGGGUAUCAGCGUAGGUCGUCAUCGGCAUAGUCUCCGCCGGGAGCAUCGGCGGCAUCGGCGCCACAAUAUGGCAAUGCGUCCCGAUCGCAGGCGCAUGGGACAAGAGCGUCACAGCCAGCUGCAUCGACUCGGGCAAAUUUUGGGUUGCCUACGCGGUCAUGAAUAUACUGACGGACGUCAUGGUGAUGGCGUUGCCAAUUCCGAGUAUUCUGCGGUUGCAACUGUCUACCAAGAGCAAGGUCAUGCUAUGCUGUAUGUUCCUGCUCGGUGGUUUUGUUACGGUUACCUCGAUUCUCCGGACGACAUCUGUGCAAAACUCCAUCAAAAACCAACAGGACCUGACAUAUAACUUUAUCGACCGCGGUAUCUGGACCCUCACGGAAGCCAACCUCGGCAUUGUCACAGCUUGUCUCCUCGUUCUCAAGCAGCCGCUAACGCGGCUCCUACCCCGAGUCUUCCCUUCAACCAAGAAGGGCUCGUCGUACAUCCCGGACAACACGCAGGGACGGACGGUCGGAUAUUACCUGUCAGACUUGUCGACAGAGGAGGCAGCCGCAGAGGUUUGGCGUGGUCCUGUUCGAAACCACCCGGUAGGGGUGAGACUUCCUAAUGCACGAUGUGAUGAAGAUGUCAUGCAAAAGUUCAAGAGUCGGGAUGGCAGCGAUCAGGAUAUUCUGGCUGGUAGUCGGAUGCGCACAGAGACUGGACAUGUGUAACCACGAAUUGUGACUGUCAAGGCCACAAGGCGGGCUGCGGCUUUGUAUUACACACAUAUUUAUGGGUGACAUGCACGAAGUAGGUCUCAAUUCAUCGUCAUCAUAGCAAAUAUUGUGGCCACGGAG